AGAGCGCAGGCGCACUAGUCUCAGAGGCUCGGUUGCUGGGCGUCUGUGCGGUCCGGCCAUGGCGCUUAACAGGAACCACUCGGAGAGCGGAGUGAUUGUCAACAACACGGAGAACAUUCUAAUGACCUAUGAUCAUGUGGAGCUCUCCUUCAGUGACAUGGAUCACAUGACAGAUGCCUUCAAAGGAACCAAGAAAGGCAGCCUCUAUUUGACUCCUUACAGAGUUAUUUUUCUGUCCAAGGGAAAGGACUCCAUGCAGUCAUUCAUGAUGCCGUUUUACCUAAUGAAGGACUAUGAGAUCAAGCAGCCUGUGUUUGGUGCAAAUUACAUCAGGGGAACAGUGAAGGCAGAAGCAGGAGGUAUGUGGCUGGAAGGAUCAGCUGUAUACAAAUUGACCUUUGCAGCAGGGGGUGCCAUUGAGUUUGGACAGCGAAUGCUACAGGUGGCUGCCCAAGCCUCCAGAGGUGAAGUCCCCAAUCGAGCUUAUGGGUAUUCUUACGUGCCCAAUGGAGCCCAUGCUUUUCCUAUUCCAGCUGCCAAUGGAAUGUACCCAAACCCUCCAAGCUAUCCCUAUGCACCACCUCCACCUGAGUUUUAUCCAGGACCUUCCAUGAUGGAUGGAGCUAUAGGGUACGUGCAGCCCCCACCACCUCCAUAUCCUGGACCCAUGGAGCCACCUGUCGGUGGCCCUGAUGUACCAUCUACUCCUGCAGCUGAAGCAAAAGCUGCCGAAGCUGCCGCCAGCGCCUACUACAACCCUGUCAAUCCCCAUAACGUCUACAUGCCCACGGACCAGCCCCCACCACCUCCAUACUACCCCCCAGAAGACAAGAAGACCCAGUAGAUGCACCUGCAUCUACUACCUCGUCGCCCGCCUGCUCCCUUAUUCCCCCAGAGCUGAGUUUGGAGUUGGUGCGGAGGCUUUUGUCAGAUCCGGCUUUUCCUCUAGGCCUGUGUGUAGUUAGCAGUAACAGGCACGAAGGGGAGAGAGGUAGCCUGGGAGAUUUCCAGCUGGCCUAGGGACAUUGACACCUCUCCUCCACCUUCAUCAGUGGGGCUUUCCACUCAAGUCGCCAUUUCCAUUUUACUCCUCUUGCAUUAACACAGUUUCCCAUAAAGGAGGGGACUGUUCCUGACCAGCCCCUCAGCUCCUACCCAGCACUCUUAUUUUUUAAUUCAUUUUGGACUAUAUUUCUGGCUCCUCCCAGCCCACAUCAGUAGAGGUAUCUGUCUGCCAGACCUGGGAAGGUGGGUUGAACUCAUCCCCUCAAGGGUCCCCUUCCAGCCCCUCCCCACAUUCCAUCAACACCCUAAUCUCUCUCCAGCUGUGAAGUCUAGUCUGGGUUUCCAGUGUGACCGUGACCAUAAGACCGGGUGGUGGCAUGCCCUCGAGAGUCCCAUCUUUUCCAUUCCCAUCCCUUUGGGGUGUCACACCUGUUCAUACUCCUACUAUCUCUUCUUUUAUAUCCCCAUCACUUUGUUGUGGUUUUUGAUCGUGAGAUUGCAAUGCCUAGGACUGGUGGAGGGAGAAUAAAGGGAAGACUGUUCAGCUAGGGAGAAAACAUACAAAUGACUGCUUGGCUUUGCUCCCUUGUAUUCCUAACUCAUGCUUUUAGGGGGUCUUGAGGUUCCCUCCUGUGCCCAGAGGGGCUGCCUAGGCCCAGAGCUGAAGAUUGCACGUCUUAUCCUACCCUGCUUAGGGCUCCUCACUAGGUGGAAAUCAGAUGUACCUGGGGCCAAGUGUUCCAUGAAUCUUGGGGCCUGGCUUAGUCCUGAGUAAAAAGGUGUCCAUUGUCAGUCCCAAUUCAGUUAUCAUGUCUUCACUUUAAGCUUCAUGCCUGAUUGGUGACUGUCCCCUGGAUGCACUAAUUUCCUUUGAUUUCCACUUGGAUUGGCCAGAGUGUGAGAAGAUCAUUAUUUAAAAGAGAACUCCCUAUUUAUUUGAACAAAAAUCCAGUUAAUAUAUUAAUGUGAAAUAAACCCUGUUGCACCUUGAUUUGUUUGCCAAAACUAUGAUGUAGUAAAGAUGAAGUAGCUUGA